AUGCCGUUUGGUUCAUCGAAAGAAUCUGGGUCUAAUGAGUUCAAAAGUGAGUCAGCAAAGGGGGCUGCCAACGUGCCGAGAAGGAGAUCUUCGUCAAUCAAGCAGGCAUUUACAAACAUGAUGCGAAGCGGGUCAAGCGACAGCGGAAGCGCUGCCAGAAAUGGUAGCAGCUACAACAAUGUGGGCUCCUCCUCGGUUCCAAAUUCUCGAAGUGGGCCUUCUUCUGCAUACAACCCGCUAAUGGCCAUGGGAGGCUUGCCACAUGUUUUCUACAAUAGCGACGACUUCGGAGUUGCCAGAAAUGAACAAGCUUUAGCUGAAAAUUUCCGGCCAGUAUUUAAUGACGACGAGUGUGAGGAGGCUGAUGUGGAGUCUGAUGGAAAUAUGUCUGAAGCCGAGGACCUGCAUUCAUACUUAGGCAGCUCCGUACCGAGACAGCCUCAGCUUCUUCCGAGUGGGCAAAGGUACCUUUUGGAGUACCUUGCUGAGAGGGGUUUCUUAGAACCAAAACAUCUAACAUGCAACAAAGGAAUUAGCAUGUUUGUUGCAACCUCCUCAGAAGUUGUGUUUCUUCCUACCACCAGCUCCUCUCAGGAGGAUGAAUACCUAAACCACUUGGCCAUGUUGAACGGCACCGAAGUUUCUCUUGAAGAACCCACACUUCCGCAGACCUCCAACGAACAGAACACUGCUUGCGACGAGGUCGAAGGGUCCGGAGAGGCGGUGAAUGCGCCUCCGUUGGACGCAGAUGGAAAGAAUGUUCUAUUUAAUAUAGCCGUGGUCUUGUCUUUUAAAAAAGCCACCAUUGCCUCUGCGGUGAAGGCCGAGCUCUACUCUCGCAUUCGCGUCUACUGGCAGCAUGGAGUCCCACCGGAAAAGACCCACAAUGAAGAGUACUACACCCUAGGGGAAUUGAAUUGGGAGCUUUCAAACCAGAACUAUAACCUCUACGUCCCUAAUCACCUGUCGACGAAGAACAAGAUCAUCGAGCAGCCUGAAUCGAUCACCAAACCCCUCGUAUUCAAGACUAACCACGACUUAUCAAACCAGCAGUACCUUGAUAGGAGGAAGUCUGAAAACCAACUAUGUUCUUCUCUAGAGUCUCUGAGCAACCAUCAGACAUUCCAGCCAGGUGACUACGUUUUCCUUCUGCCUACCUUUUUUUCAAAUAGCAUCCCUGAAACAGUUUACCUGCCCUCCGGUCGUGUGAGCUAUAACUUCCGGUGCGCGACCAAGGUUUUAGGGAAUAGCUCGGGCAAUAUUGAUUCACGCAGUGAUGCGUCUUCCUCUAAUUCUGGCAUAUCCCAUGGCUCAGAAGAUUACCACCCCGAGUCUUCAUCUCACUUGAAAUUUUCUGGUAAUAAGCUCCUCAGAAAAGUCAAGGGUCAAUUCCAGAGUAGUUCAAAUGAGAGCGACUCCUCAGACAAAAGGAACGUUCUGCGAGGCGACCACCCAAUCCAAGUUGUGCGGGUCCCGCCAGUAAUAUCUGAAUCCACUGCAGACAAACCUAUUUACAUUAACAGAGUCUGGAACGAUGCGCUUUCUUAUGAGGUGUCUUUACUCAAAAAGUAUGUGCCGAUAGGGAGUGAAGUUCCAAUCAAAAUCAAGCUUGCCCCAAUCAGCAAGAAAGUAUCAAUAAAACGGAUUCGCGUUGGUGUGUUGGAAAAAAUAACAUAUGUUUCUAAAAACUUAGAAUACGAGUUUGAUCAAACUGAGGCCCUUGCAAAUGAUCCAUACAACCCUUACUAUUCCGAGUUUGUCUGCAGGAGAAAGCAAGAGCGCAUUUUGUCGCUAUGGGAAAUAAGAACCAAGGAAAAGGGAUCCAGAGCAAUGAGAGAGGACGUUAUUGAAAACUGUCGGUCGGAGAACAUUUUCUCAUACACUUCUUGCCCUUCAGGUGGAAAGAACGGUGAACCUGUAGACAUCGUUGACCCCCUCACCAUACAUUCAACCCUCAAGUUUCCCAAAUACGCAGUGCUCGAUAAGCGCACCUCGAAAAACGUUCCUCCCUACGGUAUUGAUGAGUUUACAAGCACACACAAUCUCAGUUCUAGUCAAAGCACCACAGCGCCUAGGAGGAACAGUGCUGCUUCUGGUGUAAUAGGCUUCCUCUCAGGGCGCAGAACUAGCACUUCGUUUAGGUCGCGCCACAACUCCAUUGCCGCUGGGCCGGAGCCUAACAGAUCAAGGACCAUAUUCAAGUCAAGUUCUGAUGUCGAGGUUCAAUCACAUAGUCGGAUUAAUGAGCCCAAACGCGGCUUAUACUUAGACUGCGUGAGUAUGAAGAAUAUUCACGUAAAGCACAAGCUCGAGAUCAUGUUGCGGAUUAGCAAACCGGACACCAAGAAUCCAUCGGUGGAAAAACACUAUGAGGUUCUUAUUGAUACACCUAUAUUUAUAGUAUCAGACCUUUGCGGGAGUAGCAAUAUUGAAUUACCUACCUAUGACAUGGCAGUCAGAGAGAAUACCACCGAGGACUUUUUGCCGCCAACCUUUGAAGAGGCCGUUUCUGUUUCUGGAUCGCCUCUAGCAUCUCCUUUGAACUCCCCAAUGGGAUCUCCAAACUUGAUGGCCUCAUACGAUCCAGACGAGUUGUCUAUCCAGCAGUUGUCACUUUCGCGGAGCACAACGUACAACAACAGUAACAAUGUUGAGCCCUCAACACCAGCUGUUCCGGGGUCUGCUGGCAGACGCUACAGCAACAUUGAUUCUUUGAUGAACCAGAGGAAAACUGGCCAGGAGCAACCCAUAUUCAGAAAGAAUUAUCGACUAGGAAACAGAGAUCUAUCUGCUCUUGAAGGAAGCGCCCUUAGUGACGGCGACGAACCUCCCGAUUAUGAAGAAUCAAAACAAAAUAAUUAA